AAUCCCGCUGACAGCCCAACGCUUUUAUCGGUCACUCGCAUGAUAUCUGGUUCCAUACUUCAUCUAGCAGCUUUAGAAAUAUCUUCUCUUCUGAAGUCCGGUCACUUCGAGGAGCCACAUGAGAUCUACAGUACAUUAUUGGAGCCAUCGGAUGCGGUUAUCAACCAGGAAGAGAAUGAUGGAGGGGUGAAUAGUCUACUGUUGAGCUUACUUCGUCAUGGUCACGUUGAGGUUACUGAAGAGAUUGAAUAUCCACGAUUGGUACAUUUCAACGCGCAUAAGCUCCAAGCGGUUUUUGAUAUCUGCAAAGCAACUACCGUAUUCAAUAUCGCACAGUAUGAUAUAGAAUACCUGCAUGCCUUACUUACACGUGAGAUUGUCAGUACACAAGCGGAAGACACGGGUGCUGUCACUAGGGAGAUGGAGGCAGUUUUGACGUAUGGAACAGAUAUUAACGCUCAGUUACUGCAACGAGGCGCAUCUGAACAACUUGUUUCGGGAUGCACAGCAUUGCUGAAUGUAAUGGCUCUGUUUGCACCGGUACCAUUCUUUUCAAUCACUGUUCAACUCAAUUUUCUGACUGACACCGCAUUCCUGCUUGUGGAAUAUUUGAGUGGUUGCGGAGCGGAUGAACAAGUAGCCGUUUGUGGAACCCUACUUCGGUUGUGCAAAACUAUCUGCGCUUUAACGAAGCAAGAAUACCCGGAGGUAGCUUUUGACGUAAUUAAGUAG